CACAACAUCCCCAUUACUCAAGAGUCACAGUAUCCAGCUUGUGCUCCACAAUCUCUUCCUCUUUUCCUUCCUUCCUUAAAUUCUUGUAAUUAGUUUAUAUCCAAAUUCGACAUGACAUACUAUCUAAGCUUGGUCGCUUACUAUAUCUACUUCAACUCCGCCAAAGUUGCCUACCUUGCCUCCUUGCUCGCCCUCUCCCUCUUUUACGUCGUCUUGGGAAGCGCCGGCGAUCGCCAUGCACCAGCGCCGCCGCCAAUCGCCGCCGGCGGUUGGCGUUUUGUCGACCAGCAACAGCUUAGAAAUCUGGCCGCCCUUUACUUGCAACUCGACGACGGCUUCAACCCAUCUCAACUCAACCACCAGAACUCCAACCACACAUAUUACGGCCAGCUGCCGUCCACCGCCGCCGCCGCCGGAGGAGUCGCCGGUUAUUGAUACUUUAAGUUACCCUAUUUUGCUGUUGGCUGGCGCUACGUGCUCUGCCUUUCCUUCUUUUGUUGUGGCUCCAAAUUUUCAUGUAAUUAACGAGUUAUUUUAACAACCAAUAGUUAUAAAUGACAAUUAAAUAAGUUGAAAAAGAUAUCAAUCAAACUACAAUAAAUUCAUAAUUGUAAAAUAAUACCAAAUAAGUCACUGACAGAAAUAUUUUGUAUUUAAAUCGUGAUUCAACCAUUUUAUAAUGGUAAAAUCCUAUAUCUAUAUGUGUUUGGUAUGCGUUUUUAUCUAUGAGACCUAGGUUUAGCAAAUAAUAAACCAAACCUUUCUUUUUUUUCCUCCUAAUUUUUUUUUGCACCGAGGCCUGACAAAAAUUUCAACGGGACAGUUGUUAGGCGAGCCAAACAAGUGGGCUUUGAACUAAAACCAGCACUGACGU